AUGGUGGAGGAGACCGAUUUUCUCGACGAUGAACGACCACUCUCGCCGGGUAUGACCCAACGCGUGCGCCAGGAGAUCGAUGAAUCCUACCGACACGCUCGCCUCAAGGCCAAGGCCCUUUCGUCCCGCGGCAUCGAGAACGAAUCAGGGCUCACACACUUUUACCAACCGAAGCUGUUCACCUCGUUAGACGGCCAUUUGGCGCCGGGCUCACCCACUAGCGGCUCCUCCUACCACCGGGCACGCGCGCAGUUCAAGCGACACUCGAGCAUCGAGUUUGCGACCAAAUUGGUGAGGGAGGCGAAGAGAGAAGAGGAAGAGAAGGCAGCCGCGGCGGCAAAGGCCAAAGAGGCGCAGGAGAGCGGGGGCGCGCCGCUGGCGGAGGAGACAUCGUUCGAGCGGCAGGCGCGGAUCGUGAAGGAACAGAUGCGAAUAUUCGCUCUACGGAUGAGGGAACGGGAGAUGAUCGCGCGACUGGAGAAGGCGCAGAGACAGGAGCAGCAACAGCAGAUCAACAGCAGCAAGCCGGCGGCAGUCGCCACGCAGGAGCUGGUGCACGAACGUGGGGUGGUCCCACCGGUUAUCGAGGACGCCUCGCUCGAUGCUGAGUCCGCCGCCGAACUCAUCGAGCCCACGGACUUGGAGUCCUACUUGCAGGCCCUCGAUGAUGAGCGACAAAUCAGUGCCAUUACUCUCCCAGCGCUCGGCAUCGGCGACGAUGGCCUCGCCCAGUUGCUGGACAGGCUGCCGCCGCUCAAGCCGAUGUGGUCCGGUGACGACUUGAUGCUGACCGGCGGACCCGCGCCCGGACAGAUCACGCCGGUAGUGGGCUUGAUCACAACGCUCAUUUUGGAUGCCAACGACAUUGAGCGGCACGGCGCCGCGAUGCUGGCCAACUUCCUCAAGACGAACGAUCACGUGGAGUGCCUCAGCCUCAAGUGGAACAUGAUCGGCUUUGACGGCGCGGAAUCGCUGGCGGAGGCGUUGAAGGUGAACAGCAGGCUGACCACGCUGCAGCUCGAGGGAAACGGGAUUGACUCGGACGGGGCCAUCGCCAUCGCUGAUGCGCUCAAGGUCAACACCUCUCUCACCGACGUUAAUCUCAAGGAAAACGGGCUGGGUAAUUCGGGCGUGGACGCCAUUUCCGAGGCCCUCCUGGUCAACAGCACGCUCAACUGCCUGGAUCUCUCCUCGAACGGCAUUUCGUACGCCGGGACCACCCUGGCCGAAUCCCUGCGGUCCAAUAGGGGACUCCGCUAUUUGAUGCUCAACGAGAAUGCGCUCUUCGACGCUGGAGCGACGGCGCUUGCGGACACGCUGGCGACCAACUCGACCCUCACCUCGCUGGAGUUGCGAGACAAUUCGAUCAGCGAGGACGGCAUACUGGCCCUCACCGAUGCUGUGCAAACCAACACGGUGCUGGUCGAUCUCAACGUGAAGCUCAACCAGCCCGGCCUCCGAGGCGAGAUCGCCCUCUUUAAGUUGCUCAAGUCUCGACCCGAUUUCGAGCUGAUCUGGAAGGACGAAGGUGUCGAGUCGACGUGGGACGCUUCGCAGUGUCGCGACAUCAUCCAGCACUUUGGCGCCGACAGCGUCCUGCGCCAACUGGUCGAGGGCGAGGGCCUCUCCCCUCUGGUCGGGCGGGAGCUGCUGCUGGAGCACCUCUACAUCGACAACACAAAGACCGCGCAUCGAUUCUUCGAUUCCAUCUUCCCCGAGUCGCGCGUGGUGCGACUCGAGGGAAUCGAAGUUUUGAUGCAACUUUUGAAGAAGCGGAAAGCCUCAAGUGCUGAGGCCUAUGGGCAAGCCCUCAAAGACUUGCCCCACCUGCUGCAAGCCCUUCACGCCAAGCUGGACUGGAUCACGUCGAUGCUCCGGCUUCCCGCCGCGCCCAGACACGAGCCACCGGCGAAGGACAACUGUGCCAAGCUGAGCGAAGUGUCCCUGGGAUUCUUGCGAUUGAAGAUUCUCGAGAUGCUUCCGCUCAUUGUCGAUCUGGGCUACAAGGUCUUGGACGCGAAGCUGGUCCAGGCCAACACUUUCGCGACCUGCAUCGACAUCUUCUACUCGAAUCCUUUUAACAAUUUUAUCCACCAUGGCGUCAACAACUUCCUCAUGAACGCUCUCAUAACACAGCGACAAGCACUCAUCGACGAGGCGAUCGUGAAGUGCGGGCUGCUCGAUCGGAUGACGAACGCGUUCCGAGAGGAGGCCAAGAAGCCGGUGGCGCAGCGAGCGGGGUACCUGGGCCACCUCGCCAAGCUGGCCAACGAGAUCGCCGCCAUCGACUCGGCCGAUUUCCACACCCUCCUCAACAGCAACUCGCGGUGGGUGCGGUUCGUGCAGCGGGAGCUGAGAGAGCUCAACGAGCUGGACCGGGAGUGGUCGAAGGGCAGGCCGGAAAGGCCGGCACAGAGCGACCAGUCCUGCGGCGUGCGGAGUCGAGAGGAGGCACUGGGCAGCUACUAG